AAGGAGGGGGACAUCAACAUCGGAGGCAUUUUCUCCUUCCAUCAGAACCCAGUCAGUGUCAGUCCAGCGCUACAAGUCAACUCAGGAAUAAUCCAGUGUGAAGGACUGGACCCAGGUGAGCUCCAGUAUGCCUACACUAUGAUGUUUGCCAUAGAGGAGAUCAACAACAGCUCAGAGCUGCUGCCAGGCAUGACGCUCGGCUACAGAAUCUUUGACUCCUGCCCCAGUAUCCCUCUGUCCAUCAAAGCGUCACUGAACCUGAUGAAUAGGUAUGAGAGUGGGGAAGGCAGCUGUAACAAACUCUCCAAUGUGCAUGCUGUCAUAGGGGAAACCACAUCCACCUCCACAAUAGGUAUCGCACGCACCAUGGGACCCUUCCAUAUACCUGUGAUCAGUCAUUCAGCCACUUGUGCAUGUCUUAGUAACAGGAGAGAUUAUCCUUCCUUCUUCAGAACCAUACCCAGUGACAUUUAUCAGAGCAAAGCAUUGGCAAAGCUUGUGAAACACUUUGGCUGGACCUGGGUUGGAGCUAUAAGAACCAACAGUGACUAUGGAAAUGGUGGCAUGGCCACUUUCCUGGAAGCAGCUGAAAAGGAAGGUGUGUGUGUUGAGUAUUCUGUGGCUAUUUAUAGGACCGACCCAAGAAAGUGGUUCUUGGAGGUGGUUGACAUUAUCAAGAAAUCCACCUCUAAGGUAAUAGUGGCAUUUGCAGAUGGCACAGACCUUGACAUCCUUAUCAAAGAGCUUCAUGCUCAGAAUGUGACAGGCCUGCAGUGGGUGGGCAGUGAGGGCUGGAUCACUUAUCGCUACAUUGCCUCUCCAGUGAACUACGCUGUGGUUCAGGGGGCUGUGGGCUUUGCGGCUCUCAACGCUCACAUCCCUGGACUGCAGGAGUUCCUGUCGAACAGCAGGCCCUCCACCACACCAGGCGACUGGGGACUGGUGGAGUUGUGGGAGAUGGUGUUCAGCUGCACCUUGACUCCCCAAGCAGAGGCUCACAGUCAGGGUUCAGUGGCAGCCUGCACAGGCAAGGAGUCCCUGCGGGACAGAAACACACGCUUCACAGAUGUUUCAGAUGCCAGUCUGAUGAACAAUGUUUACAAGGCCACAUACGCUGUCGGUCAUGCACUGCACAUGCUGUUUACAUGCAAAGAUGGACAGGGGCCAUUUGAGAAUAACACUUGUGCUGACAGGGAAAAUAUUCAACCCUGGCAGGUGUUGCAUUAUCUAACCCAGGUCAAUUUCACCACUAAGAUUGGUGAAAAUGUCUUCUUUGAUGAGCGGGGAGACCCCGUGGCACGUUAUGCGCUGGUAAACUGGCAGAUGGAUGAAACAGGAUACAUACUCUUUGAGACCAUCGGCUACUACGACGCCUCCCGACCUGAGGGUCAACAGUUUGAGAUGAAAAGAGACGUGAAAGCCAUCUGGGCAGGCGAGAACCUUGAGGUGCCAAGGUCCAUUUGCAGUGAGAGCUGUGUGCAGGGGACCCGGCGAGCUUUUGUCAAGGGCAAACCCAUCUGCUGUUUUGAUUGCAUCAUCUGUGCUGACGGGGAGUUCAGCAACAGCACAAAUGCAGUGAAAUGUGACAAAUGUCCGCCCGAGUACAAGUCCAACGCAGAGAGGAACAGCUGUGACUUGAAAGCUAUUGAGUUCCUCACAUUCAGGGAACUGAUGGGUAUACUGCUGGUCACCUUCUCUGUCUUUGGUGCCUGCCUGGCGAUGACUAUAGCCCUGAUAUUUUUCUACUUCAGACAAACUCCCAUUGUCCGGGCCAACAACUCCGAGCUGAGCUUCCUGCUGCUCUUCUCCCUGACUCUGUGCUUCCUGUGCUCCCUGACCUUCAUCGGACGGCCCUCUGAGUGGUCCUGCAUGCUGAGACACACUGCGUUCGGCAUCACCUUCGUCCUCUGCAUCUCUUGUGUCCUUGGGAAAACUAUAGUGGUGUUAAUGGCCUUUAAAGCAACUCUUCCAGGCAGAAAUGUGAUGAAAUGGUUCGGUCCUGCACAGCAGAGAAUCAGUGUUCUGGCGUUCACUCUCAUACAGGUUUUAAUUUGCAUUCUUUGGCUGACAAUCAAUCCUCCUUUUCCAUUCAAAAACAUGAACCACUAUAAGGAGAAGAUCAUACUUGAGUGUGCGCUGGGAUCAGCUGUCGGCUUCUGGGCUGUGUUAGGAUACAUCGGACUCUUAGCCAUGUUGUGUUUCGUUCUUGCUUUUUUGGCUCGAAAACUUCCUGAUAAUUUCAACGAGGCUAAAUUUAUCACUUUCAGCAUGUUGAUAUUCUGUGCAGUCUGGAUCACAUUUAUCCCAGCUUAUGUCAGCUCUCCUGGGAAGUUCACUGUGGCUGUGGAGAUAUUUGCCAUCCUGGCUUCAAGUUAUGGAAUGCUGUUUUGUAUUUUCUUACCAAAGUGCUAUAUCAUUUUAUUAAAACCUGAGAAAAACACAAAGAAACAUUUAAUGGGUAAAGUGACCUUGAGAUCUCUUUAA